AUGGUUCAAAUCUAUGCAGCCCUAAAAAGUAUCUCCAACUCAGUUGCUAUGCUGGAUACACAGACAGAAAUUGGUCCGAAACAAACGGAUAAAACUCUCGAUUCCGGCGGGUCUUUGGGACGUGNGACUCGUUUGCGAAUUCGGUCAGUCGAUCAUACCACUAUUGCAAGCUUGGAGUUACAUUGCCGUGUCCGUCUGGGCUGUAGUCGAACACAACCAGCCGCGUCCGGUCCCAGUGCUGCACAAUCACUCAACCGUGGACAGCGAUUCACGAAUCGAGGUGGAUUUCUACCCGAUCCUGUUCUAGAUCCUGUUUGUUUGGCCGCAAUCAGUCUUCGUCAGCCAGGCGGUAUCAACGAUUUGUUCGUACUGAUUAAUCGCGAUACUUUACCCGGUCAUUCCACUGACCAAAAUUCGGGGCACAUGGACUCAAUUUACUAUCGUUUGCGCUCGACCACUGUGUUCACAUCCGGUCGAAGUCGAUCCGGACCCAAACCCAGAUGGAUCUGGUGUACAGACGAACGGUCUUUGUUUAAUUGGAUAGUCUACCUCGUCCAGUGUUUCGAUCCGGAAAUUCUCGUGGGCUACGAUGUGGAACGGGCAUCAUGGGGCUAUUUGGUAGCUCGGGCUGCGCAUAUGCAACGCCAGUCUCACACUGAAACUGGAAAUUUGAGCACCGCGGCUGAUUACACUCGGUGUUGCAGUUGCCCUUGUGGAUCAUCUGGUAAUCGGUCGGCCAACAAUAAUGUACUCGGUUCUCGUCAAUGGAGCUGGCCCUCAGGACCUGGAGCUGGUCGAACAGCUUUUCUCCAGCUGCCCACUCAAUACCUAAUUUUGGAGACCACUAAGUGUGUUCUCCAGUAUUUCGUCUAUGACGAAAUUGAACAGGAAUGGCGAAACAGGGCACCCUUCACGAACACCGCUGCUAGCUACGAACGAUCUACUCAGCUCGCCGCAGACCCUUACGCUACCAGAAGUAUGCAAUUUCUUAUAAUUCCUGGACAUCUGUUCAAAACUGGUUAUCGUGUCGAAUCGCUUCUGGCCCGAACUGCUCGUUCGGCCAAUUUCCUGUUACCCAGUCCGAGUGUCACGCAACGGGCCAAACAGCGUGCGCCAGAGGCGAUACCAUUGAAUUUGGAACCGGAAAGUCGUCUGUUCGUGGAUGGACCGGUUGCAGUGCUGGACUUCCAGUCACUCUAUCCCUCUGUUGUGAUCGCGUACAACUAUUGCUAUUCCACUGUACUCGGACGUUUGAGCAACCUAUCUCUGGGGUAUGCUAGCUGUCAUUCAUUGGACUUGAUUUUUUCUCGCUCAUCUUUUGUUGAUUCUUCACCGUGA